GGUGCGUUACGUAAAUUCGUUUUGUGGCUCUUUUGUACAAUCGGUUCGUGUAGACUGAUUUACUUGUCUUAGAUUGUGAAAUCUCAAUCACUCAAUGCAGUUAAUGAAAACAUUAACACUUGGAUGAUGACUUAACACCUAAAGUCCUCUAUUUAUUAUAUGAGCUUGAAUUAUGUUAGAGGGCUUUGGUCCAGUUACUCCAUAAUUUGUUAGACUCCAAUGAGUUCCGCGUAGACAAGUGCGUUUUCGGUUCAUAAUCAAAAGACUAAAAGAUUCUUACCAGUUUUUGCGUAUGAUUUGUCUCUCGAAUAGAUCAACUAUGGUAAUAAUCCAUCCGAUAGUUGGCCAGCCAGUGAGAAAAUCUGUGUGCCAGAAGUCUAGUUAAGGAAAACAGUUUAACUCGAGUUGAAAUAUAUUUCUUGGAAUCCGUUACCAAAAUUCAAAUCGUUCAUUUUUUAUCAACCCGAGCAUCUCGUCAGUCUUGCUCAUAACAAUCUUUUGGGCUCGUAAUUUAUCAGUUAUUAAGGUCAGAGUUUGUGAUUCAGUACAUGGAUCCUUUUCAAAAGCGAGAUAAAAUUCCACGGACACCACCUGGUCAGUCUUUUGUGGACAGAUCUUACAUCUUUGAUGGUACAACAAAUGGUGACUGUUCUAUUUACGACGAGUCGGGUAAUCGGAGGACUUCUGUUUUUGAUACAGCUAGAAAAUACACUCUCACUUUUGAUAACUAUGGGAACACAAGCCUUCGAACUUCAUGUGACAUAGUUUCACUCGAUAUUUCUUUGUCACUGAAACCAAAUAGAAUUUCAAGAAUCGGUGAUUUGCGGACAAGUUCACAUAUGGCAUCCUCUAGACAGUAUGGAUUGUUCACAUCAUCACCUGUUAAUGAGUCUACUCCCCGUCCAACUAAAUAUCCCCAGAAGGAAUGUAAUGAACAAACAGUUGCUAAUUACACAUCUCUAGAUAAGGAGAAUAUUUCACCAUCCAAAGAAGUAUGUCCAGAGAUUGCUACGGUUAAAAAGUGUCAUGCCAAGAGAAAACGUGAAAUUUCACCUGAUAGUUCAGUCGUUAAUUCAUCGGUUCAAUCAACUUUUGCCGUUCCUUCGACAGUCCGGCAGCUUCGACCCAGACGCAAGGCAACUCCUGUCGUCAGUGACCAGUCAUUGUCUCAUCAGUCUGAAUGUCUAGUGGUGACGAAAAGUGCCCAAAAGAAUCCAAAUAUGAGGUCAACAAAAAGGUAAGAUUUUGUAUAACAUGAUCGUCACAAAGUCCCAUAAAAAUGUAAGUGAUGUCUGCACAAAUUUAGAAGAAAGGACUAGGUAAGGGUGUCUAAGGCAAACGUGAAGUAAGUCCAUGAAACCAUUGGCUAUUGAACUAAGCUAUGCAUAUAGGUACAUACUACCUAGUUGGGCUCCAUGCGAUUAUUGUGACCAAGGGUUAGAGACUGAGUGACUUGACUCAAAAUCGUUCAAAAUGGUCCUCAUGUAGGUUCCAAGUCUUAAUUAUUCACUGCACGAAUCCAUAUUUUCUUUUCGAACGAUAUCUUGGAUGAUUCAUCUUUGUCACCUCUGUUAAUGCUAUUUCCGCACAUACCAUUGUCACAUCUGGUUAUGCUGUUGUGGUGUGCAAACUUGAACCGACGCACACAUGUCCUAUGUUAUGUUCAGCUAAUUCAUUCACCCUACAUGUAAAAUUUAUUCUGUAAAGCUUAUCAUAAAUACAACUGAUCUGAUUAAAGUAAAAUAAUUUGAUAUAUUUGAUCCGUUUAAGCAAACGAACUAAUUCGUCUCAUCUGUCUGAAGUAAUGAAUUCCCCAGUAGUCAUUGCCGAUCCUGUAACCCCUCCAACACUUGUUCCUCGACACAGGCGAUUACAGCCAGCCAAUACUCAGAGAAGACGACGUGCGAAUGUUAGCACUUCAUCUACUUUGGAUCACAGCAAAAUGUCAACCUCUAAUUCAACUGAAAAUGACUCAACUAUUCAUCAACCAUCUACUGUUCGGAAAAAACCAAGGGUACAAGUCGCUUAUAAUAUUGAAGACGAGCCAAUAGCUGCACGUUUACGACAUAAAACACGUGUCUCUUAUACGGGAACAAAAACUUCAAUGUAAGUUUUCAUUAUUGUUGAUUUAAACAUUAGUACUACACGUUUCCAAUGUUAUGUAGACAUUUAUGUGCAUUGAUGCUAGAAGGUAUACUCUAGAAAAACUUCUGCUAUUAUACUAUUGUGAUGUAUGCCACUGAUGCCAAUAGAUAUAAGUAGUAUGUACCACCAAUCGAAAGUCGAAUGUCUGGAUGCAGAAGAUUAAGAUCGAAGAGAAUGAGAACAGAGGGUGGUUGGUGUGAAACGAAGAAACAAUUUAGUCUGAGACAAUUGAGUGAUAUUUUGUAAAUGAAGUAUUUACCAUAUGGUUCUCAGAUUCUAGUAAGACAUUCUGUAAUUUUGUGUUCAAAUACAUUUGGUUGUGCCCCACUGGUGUUCUCGUUCAUUACACUGUGCUACCAUGCUCUGUUUGGGCGUCCGGGCGGUAUUCCAUCCCUCACACAAAUCGAACCAUUUGUGUGGCGCAUAUAUAUUUGAUGCCUCCAUACACCAAUGUUUGUAAGUACACGCUCAGUUCUGAAGUUAUGUAUGUAGUAAUAGUGUAAUAUUUCCCUCUAUAAAUCAGCGUUUCCUACUGUUUCAUUUUCACGGUUUCAAAAGAAGUAGUAGUGUAGUGAACGAGAACUCAGUUUUAAUGCACAAUUAUACAGUUGCUAAGCAAAAUAUGGAAAUUAUACAUUAAGUACAUCAUUUGCACAUCUUUGCAGUGUCCUUUACAUACUUCAUUAUUCUUCUGAUUCUGUUGUUAUCUCGGUUGCUGUCCGAUUUCCUUCUUUUUCUCUUCAUUUCAAUUUUCUGUUGGCAGGCAUUCCCUUUCCGACUGCUGUUAUAUACUACUUAUGUCUGCCAACAGAUGUAGCAUACACUACUGUAAUAAUGAAGAAAAGGAUUAUUAAUACACUUGACCAGGUUAAGAUAUUUUAUUGACUCUAGAGUCUAAAUGCCUACUUAAUCUUAUAAACAGACAAACAUUAAAUAAAAUCCAAUACUUCUUAGUUGCCUAUUGUAAUCAACCAAACUGUCAUACACAAUACCUAUGGUCAUUAUUGUUUAAAAUACUGUUAUUCUUUCCUUCUAUAAAGAAAUCUGUUAUAAAUUUAUUUUAUCAGUUUUAUUAAGGAAAUGCUAUUUCACAUUGGUCUAGUUAAUAUGUCAUUCAGCUACAACGUAGGACCAGGCACAUAUAUGCAUCGGUCCAAUUUGCCAUACCUCAUUAGCACAACAAGAUGAACACCGAAUUCAUAGGAGUAAUUAAGUCAAUGGUAGUAAUAUAUAAAAGAAAGAUUGCAUAUAAUGAUAUAGUACAGGAAGAAAGAAUUAGUUGAUAGGAAGAAAGAUAUGAAGCGAUUUUAAUCUCAUAGUUUAAGAGAAGAUAGAGUGUGUAUACACCGACAUCAUUGUGAUCGAUUUUGAGCCAUGUCACCAAGAGUCUACAAUCAUUGGUUACGAUAGUCACGAUAGUUAAUAUAUAGUAACUUUUAAAUAUAUGUACACUGAUAUAUCUAUCAUUAAGUGAAAAUUGUUUUUUACAUGUUAUCGUAUAGACAUUCAAUGUAGUCUUUUUCAUAAUAAAUGUUUUAAUUUGGUAAUAUUAUAAAUAGUAUAUUCCUAAAAUGAUCAUAAAUAAUCAUUAAAAACUUGUUAUGCUCGUAUGAUUUUGAUAUGAUUGAAAAGAUUUAUGAGUCAGGUAGAUAAUUUCAAUGAAGUUUUGUUAUCUAAGCUGGGUGGUUUAUGAUAAGUUUUCCAACUGUACACUUGAAUCAGUUUCCUAAAUUUUUUUUAUAACCCUAGACUAAAAUGUACACAUUUAUUAUUUAUUUAAACACAUGAAUAUUGGUACGAAGAGGUACCAAAUAGUUAUGCGCCACAUAAAUCAUUCGAUUUGUAUGAAGGUUGGGAUACUGCACGGGUGACCAAACCGAGGCAGGUAGUUUUCUUAGGGGGGCCACACCCGGAACGUUUUACCUAAAGGUCUGAUUCACAAUGUAGUACAGCAACGUCAGGAGAUGCAGUCCUAUGGUAGCUGGUGACCAACGAUUGGUUCAUACGACAUUUAUCCUUCAGGAUACCGGAGCCCAUGUGCACCAUUAGUUUGGAAUCACGUUGUCCAACUCCCCUAGGUAGACUCUGUAUCCAUCAACCCGGUUAAAGUUCCGGACAUAGGCUUUUCGUCCUCUGAAUUUCGUAAACAACAGUAAUGCCGCGAGAAGGCAGUGAGUAGGACUUCCCUGUUAGUGGUUGUAUGCAUGUGGCCAUGUGAGAUCAUUUGAAGCAGGUGGGCUGACUCCGUACCGUCGGCCGUACCAGGGCAUCUGGGAUCUACGAGAGAAAAUGCGCAAAGUGUGAAAAGAACCCUUUGCUCCAAGAUUAUUUAUGCACAGGGAAUCGUGGGUAUUCAUAGUAUUUCAGAUUGCCUUGUGUUUCUGGUAGUUUCUGGAUCCACCAUACUGAACAUAGUAUCAGUAUAGGCAAUUAUCCAAUCAGAAGUAUGACAUACAAUUCUUCACUUACUAGAUGUUUCUGAGAAACUUCUAUUCAAUUCUGAUUGGAUAAAAUGUUUCCCAGUGUUUUCAGUGCCCAUUUAUUGAGAAAUACAUUUGAUCUCCUUAACACCUUUCUUCUUUCACAAAAUAAAACUUCAUCUUAAGAUUUAAUUGCUAUAUCCAUUUGAUAAAGUUCACUUUUACUACCCCAAUAUACUGAUGAUUGUUGAUUCAAUAAUAUAAUGAAUUUUGCAUGAUUAAACUAUCAAGUUUAGGGAAAAAACUUCAUUUAAACAUUAUUUGGUUCGUUUUUUUUAAACUUUAUAACUUAACCAACUUAAUUCUGUUAUUCUUUUCAUUAAUUUAUAUAGGUAAAUAAUAGUAUAUAACUAUAUAUAUUCUGUACAAAGUAAAUUGAAAUCAUACAUUUAUCUCUAUUCAAUAGUUAUCUUGUCAUUCCAAACUACAAUGUUUACAUUUUCCUUUCUCCAUGUAUCUAUUUACAUUUGUAGUUAUAACUAAGUAUCUUAAAUAAAUCAUACUACUUAUAGGUUAAUUUUGUUAUAUUCAUUCCAUUCCAUUCAUUUCUUCUCUUCAAUUAUUAUCUCUCUUUCCUUGAAUGUAUACUUUUGCAUAGAUUUGCUUUUGUACUUUCUUUUUCUUCUCAAUUUUACAAUAGGAUAAAAAUAUACUAUUUUUUUUAACAUAAUGUUUUCCAUUUACAUUCGGUUUAUACAAAAAGGUAAUUUUUGUUGUGUUUGUGUGUGAGAGAGAGAGCGGGAGAGAGGGAAGAAAUUGUUCUGGUCUGUUUAAGAUUUUUAUUUCAGUAGUUGGAAUCAUGAAUCAAUUGAAGCUAGACCACCAUGGGAAACCUGGAAGCACGGGUCGGUCGUCUCGUCGUGGUAUGGGACUCUUCAACAAUGUGCGUCCACAAUCCCGCCCCCCGCGGGGGGGGACUGACUUCAAGAGGCAUUUCCUGGAGUCCUAGUGAGAAGCUGUAACCAGUGGAGUUCAACAAGGUUUGUUGUGAGAUAUCAGCUUACUGAAGACAAUGGCGUACGGUGGAGCAAUUUCGUGGAUUGGUCGAAGUUAGACAUUAACACCGUUGGAUGCCGGCCAACUCAGUGGUCUGAUGGUUCGACGCUCGCGCCCUUAACUGACAGGUCCUGGGUUCGAAUUUCGCGGGGCGGGAUCGUGGAUGCGUACUGUUGAGGAGUCCCAUACUAGGACGAAACGGCCGUCCAGUGCUUCGAGGUUUUCUAUGGUGGUCUAGCUUCAAUUGACUCAAUUAUUGAAAUUUCUAAAAUCUCCACAAAAUCCCUUCUGAUUUUAGAUUUUUACUAUCAGAAAAAAAACUCGAUUUAUUUCAGUGUAGUAUGUCUUCUGUUUACAAUUGUUUGGUCACAAAUGUCAUGUUUUGCUAGUCUGAUUUUACUACUGACAGAAUUUUACUGAUCAACUUACGAUGUAGUCACCAGUUCAAGUGCAUGCGAUGUCAAGUCACUGUGUUGAGAUGUAAGGCGGUUGAAGGUAGUCUACAAGAAACCCUGGUUUCAUAAUGUUCGCCUGUCUUCACCAAGAUGUUGUAAUCUUGAGGGAACUGAUGCUUCUUGGCAGAUCCAGUCCUUUAUCACUCAGUUUAAAAAUCGGAGACAUUACUACUGGGCUGCUCAAACUUCGAAUUACCAACUAUAGGAACAAAAUGUAUAUCCUCAAGUUUACAAGUACACUGCUAAUGAAUUCCAAAUAGCAAAAACCUCAUGUUCAUGAUCUCCUGUCGAUUCACCUGACACAGCUGCCAUUUGUAGUCUGGUUAUUAAUGCGUCUCACUUGUCUCAGAUGGAAAUCAUGAGAAUGAAUCAAUAACUAAUAGAACACAAUUGAUAAUCGUGUAACAACCUUAUUAAAACUGUGGGUCGUGUUUGUGUGUUGUUAUUUGAAAACCGUUGUAUUAAAAACGUAUAUUUUCCAGUUAGCGAGCUAAAGUAUAACUAUAUUGAGUCUUUUCCAUCCAGCCUGUUUUACUACAUUUUUUAUCAAACCAUGCUAACUGACGAGUGAGGAUAAAUUCCAUUCUCAUUCACAAUUUUGACGUUGCACCUGGAAAUCAACCAAAAUGAAGCGGGAAUUAUUAUUUACACUCUUGUAAUUCACUAUUUGUCGUUUUUCCUGGCUUAUAUGAAAAAUGUAAAGUUUUCUACGGCGAAACUAACACUCAAACAUGCUACGGAGGUAUUCAAUGUUUGAUAGUCGGUCGUGACGGAAGAAAAAUCACAGUAUGGCAAAAGUCAUAUUGACGCCUGUCACCCCUCGUGGAGGAGAAUAGGCCAUCCACCAGUAUUCUCCAUCCAUCCUUUUCAGUUCCCAUUCAUCAUUUUGACGUCUGCUUCCGAUUCCCGAUGUAGUGCGUUCUUCGGUCUCCCUCUUUUUCAUUUCCCUUCAGCAUUCCAGGUAAGUGCUUAGCAAAAGACAUACCUCCAAUUAAUUCUAUAAUAGACAUUAUCCCGAAUUAUCUACAAUUGAUUGACCAAGCAAUUGAAAGCAUAACCGCAGUUAACGACUAAGAUACACUUAAAUGACUUGGAGAUGUCUAUCUCCAGCUCUAAAUGACUGGUCGUUUGUCUGGAGUAAAGAAGCUGACCGUGUUUUCAACUAUUUGG